GAUCUUAGAUCCAGGAGUUCAUAAAUUAGAGGUAUUUUCAAAUUCUGAUCAUCUGGUAACUUUGAAAACGUUAAACAAAUUUUUGGACAAAUUGUCCACUAACACAUUACAAUCAUCUGCAAUUGUAUUCAGAUUUUUACAUAAAACUAAUUGAUCGUUGAUCCUAUUUCUAAAAAAAAUCAUAAAGUAAACGAAUGCUUGACUUAUUUGUACUGUUCAUUCAUUCAGAAAAGGCAACAAAUCUGCUCGCUCAGUUUUAAUGAUAUGGGACGCUCUGUAGAAACACCACAGGACGGUUUCCUACAUGUUGUUUGUUUUAGGUAUCACAUGUUUCUAAGUUCUUUGUCAAAAACUGCUUUAGAACUUGGCUUGGAUCAGGCAGCACAGGACUUUUCAAUAGCAUUAGAGGCUAUUUUGGAGGCUGCUAAUCAUACAAAUACAAUGAUGUGGAUUGGGAGGAUGGAGGAUUGUCCUCUAGAGUUAGCUAGUCAGGGUCAACUGUUGAAACAAGGAAGAAUGUUGUCAAAAAUGAUGAAAGCAAGAAGAAGGUCAUUUUCAGGAUUGCGAUCCAAAACUACCCCUGGAGUUCCGAGCUUUAUCUUGCUUUUUCAGCAUUCAGUCAUAAUCUGCAGGGAACUUGGAAGUUUGGAGGAAUCCUGUGAUCCAAGAUUAAUUUACUGCACACAUGUCAGUGUGAACCAAGUGCGAAUACGUGACACAUGCGCAGAUGACGCGCUCACAUUCGAGUUGCAGCGCGUGGAGGGGAUAAAGGGUGUUCACCUCGGGACCAGUCAGGAGGGCGCUGUGGCUAGAAUCACCUGCGCUACUGAACAGGAAAAGAACUGCUGGGUUGGAGCCAUCAAUUCGGAAGUUAAAACCAUACGCAGUGUAGCUAAAUCAUUGUCAAGUAGUUACCUACUACAAUCUAUACUGUAAACUAGAUUCUACGCAGCUUACCUAAAUCAUUGUUAAUCAGCUACCUACUCCCAUCUAUACUGUAAACUAGAUUCUACGCAGUGUAGCUAAAUCAUUGCCAAGCAGCUACCUACUACCAUCUAUACCGUAAACUAGAUUCUACGCAGCUUAGCUAAAUCAUCGUCAAGCAGCUACCUUCUACCAACUAUACUGUAAACUAGAUUCUACGCAGUGUAGCUAAAUCAUUGUCAAGCAGCUACCUUCUACCAUUUUUACUGUAAACUAGAUUCUACGCAGUGUAUCUAAAUCAUUGUCAAGCAGCUACCUUCCACCAACUAUACUGUAAACUAGAUUCUACGCAGU